AAAAAGUACAGCAACGACCACGAAUGGAUUGAAGUCUCCCAGGACGGAAAGACCGGCACCGUCGGCAUUACCCACUACGCCGCCAAAUCUCUCGGUGACGUCGUCUACGUCGAGCUGCCCUCUCCCGACAUGGACGUCAACGUAGGCGACUCCAUUGGUGCCGUCGAGUCCGUCAAGUCCGCGUCCGACAUCAUGACGCCCGUAUCGGGCGUUGUGGUCGAGGCCAACAACGCGCUCGAGGAAUCUCCCGCAACUAUCAACAAGAGCCCCGAGGACGAGGGCUGGAUCGCCAAGAUCCAACUCACAGAGAAGGCGGAGGAGGAGAUCAAGGAUCUCUUGAAUGCUGAGGAAUACCUCAAGUUUAUCGAGGAGUAA